CACACUUUCUCCUCCAUACAAACACUGCUCAUACAACACAGACAAGCAGGUGCUCUCGGGAGAUCCAGCUAGCUAGCUGGCUAGUUUUGCUGUUGCUGCUCGACCUCAUCGCCAUCCUCCGGCUAUGGCAGCCCAUGUGGAUCCCCUUGUGGUUGGGAGGGUGAUCGGUGACGUGGUGGACAUGUUCGUGCCCACCAUGCCGGUGACCGUGCGCUUCGGGACGAAGGACCUGACGAACGGCUGCGAGAUCAAGCCGUCCAUCGCCGACGCGGCGCCCUCGAUCCAGAUAGCCGGCCGGGCCGGCGAUCUCUUCACCCUGGUUAUGACUGAUCCGGACGCACCGAGCCCCAGCGAGCCAACCAUGAAGGAGUGGCUUCACUGGCUGGUGGUUAACAUACCUGGUGGAUCAGAUCCUUCUCAAGGGGAGGAGGUGGUGCCCUACAUGGGUCCGAAGCCGCCGUUGGGCAUCCACCGCUACGUGCUGGUGCUGUUCCAGCAGAAGGCGCGUGUGCUGGCGCCGGCUCCCGGCGGCGACACAGCAGCGUCGGCCAUGCGCGCGCGGUUCAGCACCCGUGCCUUCGCAGAGCGCCAUGACCUGGGGCUCCCCGUCGCCGCCAUGUACUUCAACGCGCAGAAGGAGCCGGCCAACCGCCGCCGCCGCUACUAGCUCGUCGCCGCCGGCCGAUCAAACCCGCUGCUGCCUGCUGGUGCUGCCUGCUGGUCCGUCUGUGUGUGCGUGCAUGCGCGCGGGCCCAAUAAAUUAACCAUAUCGAUCUUGUCGUUCUCAUGAACAAUCUGGGCUUGUAUUGUGUGGUACUCUUUGUUUGUUUUUUCUUGCGGGUGCGUGUGGUACUCUUUGGACCAUAUACAUAUUUACCGCUUUCUCUCUUCGUUGUA